AUGAUGCUUGAUAUAUAUUAUAAAGCGUGGACUUUAAAGAACAGUUUGCAAUCUCUCCCGGGUAGCUGGCCGAGGCUAGAGGAGAUGGUAAAAAGUAAGAUGAUUAUCAGUGGCGGAACUCGGAUCUCGCAAGCAGCCACAUCAGAGUUUCUCAAAGCUCAUUCGCACAUGACCCGAUCUCAUAACACGCAGUUAUAG